CCUGCCAUACUGAGUUCAUAAUGUUUAUUUGUUAAUGUAUAUUUUUAUAUUUUUUAAGAAUUUGGAAAGAUGUGUGAGGUUGGGAAGCUAAAAUGAAUCCUAACAAGCAAGGUGUUGGUGCUUAAGAGGGAGAGAUGAUGGUGUGAGACAAGGUGUAAGAAAGAUCCCAGGUAUCUUGGAAGUACAGUACUGUCAGGCAUCACUUGAUAUCUGAUUUCCCAACUUAUGUUUCUUUAGUUUAGUGAUUUAAGUUUUUUAACACCCCUUCUUUUUAAUAUGUUUGGACUCUCCUGGUCUCAUGUUUGUUGUGUCAGAAUAUUGAAAGAAAAAUCACUCCCCUGCAGCUCUGUGUGCAACUUUCUCUUGAUUUGUCAUCCCAAAAUGACCACCAUCUGCAGAAACAUAUAUAUUGUUCCUUGUGCAGGGAGUUAUUACCUGCAUGCUGCUACUAAACUCUUUCUUCGUGAGCCCGAACUAAUGUGCAUCGGAUGUGUUCUUGUCCGUGGAUCAGGGUGUCAUCGGCACCUUCAAGGCUUAUUAUCUGCUACAUGAGAUGCAGCAACUCAUCACAGAAACAGAUAGAAAGGAAAAGCCAACCAUCAAGGAGUUUUGGCACAACUAUAAUGUUAAGAAGGUGAUGAACAACAUCAGUGCAUUGUGGGAGGAGGUGAAAGCAUCAACACUGAAUGGUGUCGCCUCAUUUUCCAACCCUGAGAAUGAGUGAUGUGCUGGGCCCUUACUCCUCCAGCCUUGGAGAGGACACACGAUGACUGCUGCUGACGUGGAAUUGAGAUGACAGCAUAAAUUAGACGCUUAACUUGGAUAAAGAUAUGGCCGAUCUACCGCUGAUACCUGGCUUUACCUUCUCUGACCCAACGAAGCUGCAGAGGCCCAUACGUCAGAGCCUGGGAUGGAAGAAAGGCGCCCCACUUGUUGCUCCUACACCGACACCACUCUUGUCUGAGGAAGAUUUGAGGGACUUAACCAGGAAGGAGCGACAACUGCAGUUCAGCACCCGCCGUCGAUCAAAAACCCCUCCCAAGUUUUUACCAGAUUGGGCGGUGUUGGAUAAGAAGGUUCUGCGGUUCCGAGGAUAUUUCACCGAACACGUGGAAGGUGGAGCAGCACAAGUUUACCGGAUUCGUCCUGUCGUUAUCUGCUAUUACCUGGUUGAUGAUGCCUUGUAUGUCACUGAACCAAGAACACCGAAUUCGGGUUUGGAUCAGGGACGUCUCCUGAGCCGUCAACGUGUGCCUCACCCUGAUGGUGGCUUCUGGCACUGGACACAUCUCAACCUUGGCAUGACUCUCUCACUCUAUGGCCGCCACUUUGUCAUAUGUGACUGUGAUCCCUUCACCAAGGAAUACCUACUGAGUGAGGGAACACAACUGAACAACCCGCUGCCAAUACCUACAGACCCAUACAACUUACUCAGACAGUCUCGUGCUGAAUCCCCCACCAGAACAUCAGACCUUCGACCACACUCUGCACCUGCCGUCCCACUGAGGUUUAAGGGCCUUGUGCUUAAGUUUGAUGCUAUGGUGGAGGAAGUGGAGGGUAGGCAGCUAAGAGCAAGCCCUGCAGUGUUGUUGUACCGCCCGGCAGAUCUCACCGUGGAGAUGCGUCAACCAUCUUACUUCGAUCACACGGAGAUUAAGAAGUUUAGUCCCAUUAUACUCAGGCCAGUCAAGGUGCCUCUUAGGGACACCAGGAGAGCAAUGUUUGUGGACAUAGGCGAAGAAGGGGAGGUGAGGGAGUGGCUGACUCCUCGUCACUUAAUUCCCCCGACCACCGUCACAGUCUUUGGAAGGAGGGUGAUGGUGACGGGGUGUGAUGACCAAACUCAGAGAUUCCUUUUGGACCAUUAUGGCAUCGAUAAUGUCCCACCCAUGAAGAUUAUUGAGACGACUAAGCCAGAUGAGUCAGGCUCCAGUGGUAAGACCCAAUCAGACAUUGUUCCACGACCCAAGCCCCGACCUGGACUAUUACACUCUGAGAACGCCACAGUUCUCAGGUUCUCGGCCACGCUGGAGUCUCCCCUUGAAACAGAAUGUGAUCGUAGCUUCAUCUUCACAUACCACGUCAUAGAUGACACGCUUGAGCUCACAGAAUUAGUUAGACCCGGGGGAUUGGGUGGACGCGUAUUAUCAAGAACCCGCGUUCCGAAGCCAAAGGUAAAAGGAGACGAGGAAGGAGCAGGAAGAUAUUCUGGUCCAGACUUCUACACUUUGAACGAUUUCUACAUAGGAGCCACUCUGGACACAUGGGGCAGGCGCUACACCAUUACUGGAGCUGAUCGCUAUGUCUUGAACUUUGUUCGUCAACAUGAAGAGAAGGUUUCACCACAGUUGCUCUCAUCUCUAGUUAAAUUUUUUGGUCAGGAAGAAGCAAGAAAGGAAAAAACCGAUGAACAGAACUAAGUGUACUGUUAGCCAACUCAACAUUUUAUGAGUCAUCUUACAUUGCCAAUAACAAGCUUUACUUUAUAUUGCAUCUAUAAUAAGUUAACUAGGAUGAAGUUAUCCAGUAUUUAACUAAUCUAAAAGAACAUGAAGCUAGAAAACAAAGGAAGACAAUGAGGGGUUCAGUUGAUAGUGUGACAGAUGACUCCGUACAACAUGAAGAUUUUGAAAGCCUCACCGAGACAACAGUAGAGAUAUUUUUUGAGCGACUGUACACUCGCUCCAGAAAGUAAAUUUAUGGAGAGCUUUGAUGAAUUUCACAAUGAACACUGGGACUCCUGUUGUCUGGGAACGGUUGUCAAAAUCCUUCAUCCAUUGUCAGAUUAUCUUACACAAAAUCGUUAUGAUACUUGUUGGAGAGAAUGUACAUUGAUUCCUUGAAAGUCUCUUGUCUAUUUUUAUGAGAAAUGUGAAGUUUUUUUCUCUCCAGUAACACAAGUGAAUAUCUCUGUAUUUUGUAGUGCAAAUGCUUCUCAGUUAAUUCAAUUCAAGGAAGUGUUUACAGCUUGCAAUGAAUAUGGCUUGACAAAACAUUUAAUAUCUGUUUAUUUCCAUAAAUAUUAGACACAACUGCCACUUGCAAAGGUCCAAAUUAUACUGAUAAGUGAAAUUUUAACUCGCCAAUGAUGAGGGAAUACACUUGACUUUUAUUAUAGUUCAGAUUUUCUCUAUUGUAUUGCAGAUAAAGUUUACAAGUCAAUACUCUUCCUUAGACAAUGUAGAUUUAUUUAUAUUUUAUCUUUAGAUGAUUCUUCUUCUUUCAUUAUGUUUGUAAGGAUUAACUUGUGGCAAAACGUAUGUUACCAAUUCUACAGUGUUUGUUACCAUGACUGCUGUAAACCCGUGUGUGAUAAACAGCCGUUUUCUAAGUCGUUCGGGAGCUAACUACUGCACGUGACUGGGGUUAUUAAAAAUAUGUUUCCGAGGCCUCUCACACCAGUCGUACCGAUCAUUGAUGUGUGAUAGGCCUUGGAAACAUGUUUAAUAACCCCAGUCACGUGCAGUAGUUAGCUCCCGAACGACUUAGAAAACGGCUGUUUAUCACACACGGGUUUACAGCAGUCAGGUAACAAACACUGUAGAAUUGGUAACAUAAGUUUCCCAGACAUUAUCCUAUGAUGAUAUGUAACCCAUAAAGAUAUGAUCAGAACAUAAAUUCCCUGUUUAUGAUUGAGAACCAAAGUAUUAUUAGGGAUGGUUUAGCAAGUUAAAAGUUGAUUACUGUAGAAGCCUAAUUAUUGUACAUCAUAGAUUAUAAGAUAAUUUACAGUUCGUGUAUAAUGACUUUAUGCCGACAUAUAAAAUACAUUAUGAGAGACCACUUGAAUGUCAACAAACUGUACAAAGGCAACACCCUCAAAGACAAAAGUGUAUUAAACCUU